AUGAGCAGUAAUACGGAAUUUAUUGACAAGUUGAAGUUUUCGACGAAGCCCUCUGGGAAAGCAGAGGGGAAGCACCACAUUGUGAUUGUGGGAGCUGGGAUCAUUGGUGUGUGUACGGCGUACUACUUGACGAGACAUCCGUCGUUUAACAAGGACACGCAUCAUAUUACGGUGAUAGAGUCUAAGCGAGUUGCUGGUGGUGCGUCAGGGAAAGCGGGCGGGCUUCUUGCCAUGUGGGCGUUUCCGCAGCAGAUUGUGCCUCUUUCGUUCCAGCUUCACCAGGAGCUCAGCGACGAGUACGACGGGGAGAACAAGUGGGACUACCGUAGGCUAACGACGGUUUCGUUGGAGGCGAACGUGCAGGACGAUAAUGUUUCGCUGGACCCCAGGGAGACGGGUCGCAGUCGGGAGGAAGACGACCAGGAGGAGCAAGAGCAGCAACCACAGGAGCAGCAGCAGCAGCAGCCUCGGAAACAACGACCCAAGGGUAAGCUUCCUGCCAAGAGAAAGGACAAGAAGAUAUGCGCAGUGGUAAAUAACGACCCGGUUACAAGAGUGGGAACAACAGAGGAUGACGAAGAUUACGAAUACAGCUAUGAGGAGGACGAGGAUGAAGAAGAAGAAGAUGACGACGAAGAAGAUGACGAAGGAAAUGAAAACAAGGUCACUGGAGACUCCAAGAGACCAGACGGGGAUGUAUCGGGCGGACUAGACUCGAAGUCCUCCAUCGCCUUGUCAAAGGACCCCACUCAGCUUCCAGCCGACUUGAACUGGAUCAAAAAGCAUCUAGUCAGAGACUGGUCUUCUCUAGGUGGCACAGACUCCACCGCACAGGUGCACCCUUACAAAUUUACCCACUACUUGCUUCUAAAGGCAAUGGAAUCCGGCGCAGUAGACUUGAUCUUGGGGAAAGUCUCCCAAUUGCAUUUCAACGACCAAUGCGCAGCAUCGGGAAUCUCAUACAUCCCAACGAUAGACGAUCCAGAAGAACAACUCCAACAAAAACCUGUCGAUAUUAUGGAUGUGGAUCAAAUCGUCUUGUCAAUGGGGCCCUGGACUUCCAGGCUAUUGCCAGACUGUCCGAUCUCCGGUUUAAGAGCUCAUUCUAUCACUAUCAAACCUUCUACAGGGACCGUUUCCCCAUACGCAAUCUUCACUGAACUAAAGAUUUCACAGAAUAAGUACUUCUCCCCAGAAAUGUACGCAAGAAAGGACGAAGUCUACGUGUGUGGUGAGGGUGAUACCCUGGUGGAAUUGCCGGAAACCAGUGAUGCGGUCGAAGUUGUCAAGGAAAAAUGUGACGAACUCUACCAUUAUGUCUCUAAACUAUCCCCUAACUUGUCUCGCGGUCAUAUUCUAAAGAGACAAGCGUGCUAUUUGCCAGUCUUAAACGUUCCAACUUCCAGUGGACCGCUAAUUGGUGAAACAAACGUAGAAGGUCUAUACAUCGCCAGUGGACAUUCUUGUUGGGGUAUUAAUAACGCACCAGGAACAGGUAAGGUCAUGAGUGAAUUAUUACUUGAAGGUGAGGCAAAAUCUGCCGAUAUCAGCGCCUUGGACCCAAGUUUGUACUUUGAUGCGUCCAUCUUUGAGUAG